CAGAUCGUAAAUAAGGUAUGGGGCGGGGGGAGAGGUAGCCUGAGAGAAAAGGAUAGGAGGAAGAUGGAAAGUAUCAGAGGAGAAAAUACAGGAGAAGUGACAAGCCAGGCAGUCUGAGAAAGGAAUGGGAAAGAACAUGAAUGCAUGUCAAAGAAACAUAGAAGAGCUGCGCGAAAGAAAGAAAAGUAUGAAAGGCGAGACAAGAGAGCGCAACAACGAGUGUCAGGGAGCAAUUGGGGAGGGGGCGACAGCAAAGAUGGGAGUGCCGGGCGAAUGAGCAGGAGAGACGGGAGCGCGUGGCCGGCGAGGGGCGCCAGGGGGAGGCGGCCGGACGGGGCUAUUUCAGCCUCAAGAGCGGGCUAGGUGGAUGGGGAAGCCCCAGACGACACGCUCCGGCAGAGCAGCCUGGCGAGACCCCUUCGCCGCUACCACCUCUUCGCCCCCCGCAGCCCCUCCUCCGGCCUGCUUUGAAGUCACGUGGCAGCCCCCUCCCUCCUCUCCAGCCCCCCGAAUUCCCGGCGUGGGGAAUGGCCUCGACUUCAUUGUGACGCAAGCAGCCUGCAAGCCGGCGCCCGCGUCCCCAACCCAGGCCGCCCGGGGAGCCGCGUUCUGCUGGAGCCAGACGGCAGCGGAGGCGGGAGCCUGCAGCGCCGCGGCGAGGAGUCCCAGGCAGGAACUGUAUUAUCUAGUUGAGUCAAUGAAGAUGUCCAUAGUAGAAUAAUGGAAGCUCCUGAAUACCUUGAUUUGGAUGAAAUAGAUUUUAGCGACGACAUCUCUUAUUCUGUAACUUCUCUCAAGACUAUCCCAGAAUUACGUAGGAAGUGUGAUCCACAAAAUGAAGACAGAACAGUUUCCACUACUAACUGGAGCUCAGGAGUUUCAACACUCCUUGGAAAUGCACAAAAACCAACAGGCAUUGCAGACAUGUACAGUAAGUUCAGACCAGUAAAGAGAGUUUCUCCACUUAAGCACCAACCAGAGAACUCUGAAAAUAAUGAAAGCGAUGACCAAAAAAACCAAAAGAUGGAAUACCAGAAGGGGAGUGACUGUCAACCUGUUGCUCAGAUUGGUGACCAGAAUCCAGGCAAUAGAGAGAGCCUUAAAACUAGAUGCGUUGAACCUGGAGUUUUGCUUGGCGAGCUGGAGCAUUAUGAUCUGGACAUGGAUGAAAUUUUGGAUGUGCCUUACAUUAAAUCAAGCCAGCAGCUGGCUGCUUUUAAUAAGGCAGCUCCAGAGAAAAGGAUUUUGAGUGUGUAUUCAAAACUGAAUGGUCUUAGCAGCAAGACGUGCCCUGCAGGAAGCAUGGAGAAGUCACCAACAGGAAUGACACCAUUGUGUGUUUUGUCUCCUGUGAAAAGCUCCCAGCUGAGGAAAGCGAAGCCCAUCUUUCCUGAUCAGCAUAAACAUUUGACUGAAGAUGUAGAGUUCUCCCAGCCACUAGUUAAAUGUGGUUCAGCUCAUGAAUCUGAAACCCAGACCACGGGCUGCCUCAACAGGACGUUUCCCGAUAAGAUUGAGAAGACUAUUCCUAACUGUCAGUUAAGAGCUUUCCCUCUACAGGCGACAGUGACGGAAAAUAAACAUGAUGAACUAAACAGCAAUACAAACUGGAGCAACUCAGGAAGUUUAGAAGAAAAGGCUGAGGAUACGAAAAAAAUCAAGAGCAUCUUAAAUAUUGUAAAAGAAGGGCAGAUAUCACUAUUGCCCCACCUUGCAGCAGACAACCUGGACAAAAUUCAUGAUGAAAAUGGCAACAAUCUUUUGCAUGUUGCAGCAUCGCAAGGACAUGCAGAAUGCUUACAGCAUCUCACAUCUUUGAUGGGUGAAGACUGCUUGAAUGAGCGAAACUGUGAACAACUAACUCCCGUUGGUUUAGCAAUUAAGAAUGGCCAGCUGGAAUGUGUUCGGUGGAUGGUGAGUGAAACCGAAGCCAUUGCAGAACUUAGUUGUUCAAAAGAUCACCCAAGCCUUAUUCACUAUGCAGGAUGCUAUGGGCAGGAGAAAAUCCUUCUGUGGCUUCUUCAAUUUAUGCAAGAACAAGGGAUUUCUUUGGAUGAAGUUGAUCAGGAGGGUAACAGUGCAGUGCAUGUAGCUGCCCAGCAGGGGUACCUGGGAUCCAUACAGACUCUGGUUGAAUAUGGAGCAAACGUCACUAUGCAAAACCUUGCUGGAGAAAAACCAUCCCAAAGUGCUGAGCGGCAGGGACACACCAUGUGUUCACGUUACUUGGUGGUAGUAGAGACAUGCAUGUCAUUGGCAUCCCAGGUUGUGAAGUUAACAAAGCAACUGAAAGAGCAGACGGUAGAACGUGUGACAUUACAGAACCAACUCCAACAGCUUCUGGAAACUCAGAGAUCAGAGGGCAAGUCACAGCCAACAUCCCCAAGUUCACCAUCCUCACCCAAUUCCAUCAAACCUCAGUGGAAACCAUCUGAUACAGAUAAUUUGCCUCUACAGAAAAGUAAAUUAAAUAUCCAUGAUGGGAUUCAGAUUCUUGGCAGCGGGGGUACUCCCCACCACAAUCGACCCAAGAUGAAAGAUGAGGAUUCAGAUAAAAUCCUACGCCAGCUGUUGGGGAAAGAAAUAUCUGAGAAUGUCUGCAUGCAGGAAAAGCUGUCACUUGAAUUUCAGGCUGUGCAUGCUUCUAAAAAUACAAAGAAGAUUCCUUUGGUGAAAAAAGAGAUGAAACUAGCAAGACUGAAACAUCUAAUGCAACGAUCUCUCAGUGAAUCUGAUACAGAUUCAAAUAAUUCUGAAGAUCAGAAGAACACACCUGUGAAAAGAACCGAUAAACCCAGGCCACAGCCUAUUGUAGAAAACACUGAAAGCACUGAGAACUUGCAUCUAAUGAUUAAGAAACACACUUUGGCAGCAGGACGCCGAUUUCCUUUUGGGAUUAGAACCUCAAAAUCCGUGGAUGGCCACAGUCCUUCUCCCACUUCAGAAAGCAGUGAUCCUGAUAAUGAAGCCCAGUAUCAGUCUGGGACUGUAUCUCAGAGCCAAGUCUUGGGAGAUACCUGUCAGCCUAGCUCUGAUACCACGUCUGCUCACAAAGUGGCCACAAGUCCCAAAAGUGCUCUCAAGUCUCCAUCUUCAAAGCGCAGAACUGCCCAGAAUUUAAAACUCAGAGUGACUUUUGAGGAACCUGUGGUUCAGGUGGAACAAACAGAGGUUGUUUUAAAUGGCGAACAGGACAAAGCUCAGUGUAAGGUUGGUCAACGGUCUCAACCCAGUGCUGAAAACGGUGACCAGCAGAAACGACCCUUCGGAACAUUUCGUUCCAUAAUGGAGACACUGAGUGGCAAUCAAAACAAUAAUAAUAACUAUCAGACUUCAAGCCCAGUCAAGACCUCAUCACCCUUUACCUCAUUAGGAAGGAAAGCCACAGAUAGCAAGGGAAAUACAGCAACAUCUGCAAAAGGAAAAAAUAAGCCAGGGCUAUACUCCAUGUUCAUCAGUUUUUCCACUAGCAUGCUGAUUGAAGACCACCUGCAUAAAUAUGCCUGGGAUAACAACAUCAACAGGAAACUCCAGUAGUCUUACAUCAAAAAGUGUGAUGAAGAAUCAGAGCAGCAAGAAUUCUUCCUUUGACUCUCAUCUCAUGCGGUAGAGUCGUCUUCCAAACAUGGCCUGAUAUCUUUCCACUUUAAAAAAAAGAAACCGCUAACUAUAUGUGACAUAACUUUCACCAGCAAAAUAACAGAUUCUUACAAUGCCUUAAAUUUGUCGCUGUGAGACUAUAUCAAAAUAAUAUGUCUUACAUUUGUGUAAGUGCACUGAUUAAGGCAUAGUGGUGUAUAAAAAUAAUGAUGCAAUGAGCUUCCAGAAAGUUAAUCUGAUCACUAAACCCAUUUUGUACAUCACCUGUUGCAUGGAAGUAAUGUAUCUUGUCUGUCUUGCCCUCUCUUAAAAUCUUUACUGUGCAAAAAUUCAACAAGGAUUCUAUGGGUGUCCUGUUCCUCAAUGAGCCGAAGGCAAGGACUCUCCCCAUCCUUGGCUAACUAUGUUUCCUUGCUAUUUCUAUUUUUUUUUUUGUAUGAAAGAAAAUAAACCAUUGUUAACCAAAACUUAGUGUGAACAUU